ACUUCCUGUUUCAACAAAACACCGAUGUCUUGGAACUGGGUCUCUGCAUUGGUUUUGAUAUUAUUGUAAAAAUAGACACGUUUACGAUCAUCUGUCGGAUAUGAAAAUGGUCAGAGAUACAAUAAUACAUUGCUGAGUUCGCUGACGCCCUUUUCUGGUGUUUAGAUCUCUGUUUACUCCUGUAUUUGAGAUUCUGAUGUAGCUAGCGACUGUAACUAGUUGUACAUUAUUUCACUACCAUGUCGGCCAAAGUUAGGGCGGGGGACAGCAACGACAACGGAGAAAUCAUUAGAAACUACCAUAAACGAGCAUUUGAAUACAUAUCCGUGGCACUAAAGAUCGAUGAAGAUGACAAAGGUGUCAAGGAGGAGGCAGUACAGUGGUAUCAGAAAGGCAUUGCGGAGCUUCAAAGGGGGAUCGCUAUUGAAGUCACAGGACAAGGAGAACAUUGUGAUCGUUCCAAGAGGCUUCAAACUAAGAUGAUCAACAAUCUCACCAUGGCAAAGGACCGACUCGCUCUUCUAGAAGGUACAUCGGCGUCUAAAACGAGCCACAGCCCUCAGAGUCCACCAGGCCAUCUCCCUACCCCUCCAGUGAGGCCUACUGGUCCAAAGAACAAGCCAGGACCAGGACACAGUAAGCCAGCAAGCACUGGCUCAAGCAGGACCAACAAUAUCAAGGUUGUCCCUCGGGCUGCAGGGAGAGGACAGAAUGGUAGACCAGCAGCAUCGAAGGAACCACAGAAGAGGGAUAUGAAGAACUUCAAGAAUGUGGACAGCAAGUUGGCCAGCUUCAUACUGAAUGAAAUCGUAGACGGUGGGUCGUCAGUGAGCUUUGAAGACAUAGCGGGUCAGGAGCUGGCUAAACAAGCUCUUCAGGAGAUAGUUAUCCUGCCUGCACUCAGACCUGAGCUGUUCACUGGUCUCAGAUCCCCGGCACGAGGUCUGCUCCUCUUCGGUCCCCCAGGCAACGGAAAGACUAUGCUGGCCAAAGCAGUAGCCAUGGAGUCCCAUGCCACCUUCUUUAACAUCAGUGCUUCCAGUCUGACCUCUAAAUGGGUGGGAGAGGGAGAGAAGCUGGUCAGAGCUCUGUUUGCUGUGGCCAGAGAACUACAGCCUGCCAUCAUCUUCAUUGAUGAGAUCGACAGCCUGCUCUGUGAGAGACGGGAAGGAGAACACGAUGCCAGCCGACGUUUGAAAACAGAGUUUCUCAUACAGUUUGACGGGGUGAGACCAACGACCAUUUUAGUGCAGUCGGAAGGGGCAGAGAGGGUUCUGGUGAUGGGAGCUACAAACAGACCACAGGAGCUGGACGAAGCUGUGCUCAGGCGAUUUGCCAAAAGGGUGCAUGUGGCCUUACCAACAGAGGAGACGCGUUUCAAGUUGCUGAAGAAUCUAUUGGGAAAACAUGGACACCCACUCAAUCAGAAGGAAUUAGCCCAUCUAGCAAAAAUGACGGGGGGCUAUUCAGGAAGUGAUCUUACAUCGUUGGCUAAGGAUGCUGCUCUUGGACCAAUCAGGGAACUGGGACCAGAGCAAGUGAAAAACAUGGCUGCUAGUGAUAUGCGUAACAUCCGCUGCAAGGACUUUGAGGAUUCUCUGAAGCGUAUUAAGCCCAGUGUCAGUCCCACAACCCUGGACCUCUAUGUACGAUGGAACACUGACUACGGAGACACUACAGCCUUCUAGAACCAUGGAACUAACUCAUUUCCCAGCUAGCGCAUAACGUUCUGAGAACCAUAUGUCUCUUAGAGCGUGGUUGUUGUUCUAUGCUUAUUUUGCCAUAAAACCUUUUCACAACUUUCUGGGAAUGGUACAGGGAGUCGCUUGGCUUUGGAACAUUCUCAGCACAUUUAAGGAACUUGACAAAACAUUUUUUUUUUGCGGUAUUUCAUUGCUUUAACCAGAAUGUUUCCUAAACGUUCAAACAUGGUUACGUUCUGGGAACGUUCUCCAGCUGGUUUGACGUUGGGAAUGUUCUCAAAUUGUUCAGAGAAUGCUAAGAAACAACGUUCUUCUGUGGGAAUUUCAGUACUUUAACCUAACGUUCCCUUCUGAUUGCCUCAUGGUUCUAUUUAAGGAAUACAAAUAAUAAUCUGAGAGCAUUAAAACGUUCCAUAAAAACCACAAGACAACUUUAACGUUCACAGAACAUUCUAAGAAUCUUAUUUAAAAACAUACCGUUCUCAGCGUCAACAAAACUCUCCCUCUAUCCUCUAUCUUAUUAUUAAUAAGUGUGUUCAGGUGUGUUGGCCGUAACCCACUAAUUGGCCAUAGCUGAUCUUAAUGAGUGCUUGUUUCCUUUUGAAACGUGGUCUGUUUUUAAAAUAGACUAAAAAUGAACCGCUUCGUUUGAGUUUUAAAAAACACGGCAUUCCAGCUGCAUCCUGGUGAUGCAGUGGACUCAUUUCAUGGAUGAAGAACAGAAGAUUAUAAAUUUGAAUCUCACUGAUGCCGUGUCACAAUAAAUUUAAAAAACUGUGUUAUGGAUGAUUUAAUACCUAAGCAAAUUAAUUUCCAUGCGUCCUAUCUGUGCUGGGAGUUCCAAACAACCUAAGCUGUGCUGGGAGUUCCAAACAACCUAAGCUGUGCUGGGAGUUCCAAACAACCUAAGCUGUGCUGGGAGUUCCAAACAACCUAAGCUGUGCUGGGAGUUCCAAACAACCUAAGCUGUGCUGGGAGUUCCAAACAACCUAAGCUGUGCUGGGAGUUCCAAACAACCUAAGCUGUGCUGGGAGUUCCAAACAACCUAAGCUGUGCUGGGAGUUCCAAACAACCUAAGCUGUGCUGGGAGUUCCAAACAACCUAAGCUGUGCUGGGAGUUCCAAACAACCUAAGCUGUGCUGGGAGUUCCAAACAACCUAAGCUGUGCUGGGAGUUCCAAACAACCUAAGCUGUGUUAUUAAAAGUCCCAUUGAAAUAUUCAGUGAACGUUUUAAGGAAGUUUUUCAGAAACCUCCAAAAUAACCUAUAAUUUCCAUUUUCACUGCGCUAAUUAAAAACCCCCGGGAAGUAUAGACUUUACCAUUAAAUGAUUCCUUACGAGUCCUUUCCCAACAAUGCAGUUUAAAAGUUAUACAACUAACAAAUAGAAGAAAGAAAGAAAAAAACAAUGAAAAUAAAAUAACAUUUUUAAAAAUCUUUAAAAAAAAAUGUAUUAUCAAGGAACCAAAGGAAAACGUUCUCAGAACCUCCCUGCAACCUAAAAAUUAAACCCAGAACAGUCAACGUUUUCACUUCUAUUCUCAGAACGUUUUUAAAAAAUGUAAAUGCUCGGGAAGCAUAUGGCUUCGUUCCCACAACCAAUGUGAAACCUAAACCGUAUGUUCCCUUAACUUCCAACGAACCAAAUCUGCUAGCUGGGUUAGUUCCAUCUGAGACGUGAUGGAACCAGGGGUGUGUUCAUUAGUGCACACCACCAUAGCAAACAGUCUCUCCCAGUUUCAACGUUUUGCUUCAGUUUUGUGGGAGGGAAAUGGAGAUGCAUAGAAUAGACCACUGUAGAAUUUGAUUAAAAAUGUAGAAAAUUGCAUAGAGACAGGAAUUACGUUCUGAUUUGCUGAUAUUGUUGUAUUGACUGCUUUGAGAGUUGAACUUCUACUACUGUGUAUAUAGCUACUGCUUAAAGACAGGAUAUUACCCCCCACCCCUUACUACUGUGUAUAUAGCUACUGCUUAAAGACAGGAUAUUACCCCCCCCCCCCUUUACUACUGUGUAUAUAGCUACUGCUUAAAGACAGGAUAUUACCCCCCCCCCCCUUACUCCCAUAUUGCCUCCUCAAGGUGUCGAAAGCAUUCCACAGAGAAGCUGGUCCAUGUUGACUCCAAUGCUUCCCACAGUUGUGUCCAGUUGGCUGGAUGGGUGGUGGACCAUGUUGACUCCAAUGCUUCCCACAGUUGUGUCCAGUUGGCUGGAUGGGUGGUGGACCAUGUUGACUCCAAUGCUUCCCACAGUUGUGUCCAGUUGGCUGGAUGGGUGGUGGACCAUGUUGACUCCAAUGCUUCUCACAGUUGUGUCCAGUUGGCUGGAUGGGUGGUGGACCAUUCUUGAUACACACGGGAAACACUUGAGUGUGAAAAGCCCAGCUGCGUUACAGUUGUCACAAACCGGUGCACCUGGGGCCUACUACCAUACCCUGUUCAAAGGCAAUUAAACCUUCUGUCUUGCCCAUUCACCCUCUGAAUGGCACACACACCCAAUCCAUGUCUCAAGGCUUAAAAAACAUAUUUAAAAACAAAACAAUUCUGAUUUGAAGUGGAUUUAGCAAGUGACAUCAAUAGGGGAUCACCCUGUCAUGGAAAGAGCAGUCGUUCCUAAUGUUUUGUCCAUUCAGUGUACAUGUCAGCAACCACAGCUAGUGAAACCACGGCAACUCUCUAAACAAAGAGUUUUAGAAUGGAUGGCCGGCAGGGUAGCCUAGUGGUUAGAGUGUAGGGACGGCAGGGCAGCCUAGUGGUUAGAGUGUAGGGACGGCAGGGUAGCCUAGUGGUUAGAGUGUAGGGACGGCAGGGUAGCCUAGUGGUUAGAGUGUAGGGACGGCAGGGUAGCCUAGUGGUUAGAGUGUAGGGACGGCAGGGUAGCCUAGUGGUUAGAGUGUAGGGACGGCAGGGCAGCCUAGUGGUUAGAGUGUAGGGACAGCAGGGUAGCCUAGUGGUUUAGAGCAUUGGACUAGUAACCGGAAGGUUGUAAGUUCAAACCCCUGAGCUGACAAGGUACAAAAUCUGUCGUUCUGCCCCUGAACAGGCAGUUAACUCACUGUUCCUAGACCAGUUAACCCACUGUUCCUAGACCAGUUAACCCACCGUUCCUAGGCCAGUUAACCCACUGUUCCUAGGCCAGUUAACCCACUGUUCCUAGGCCAGUUAACCCACUGUUCCUAGGCCAGUUAACCCACUGUUCCUAGGCCAGUUAACCCACUGUUCCUAGGCCAGUUAACCCACUGUUCCUAGGCCAGUUAACCCACUGUUCCUAGGCCAGUUAACCCACCGUUCCUAGGCCGUCAUUGAAAAUAAGAAUGUGUUCUUAACUGACUUUUCCUAGUUAAAUAAAGGUAAAAUAAAAAAUAAACUAGUCCUGAACAUCUCUAAAACUAAGAGUAAUUGUAUUUGUUACAAAUCAUUCUUCGCAAGUUCCACACCUCCGCUGAAUCUGGCAAUGAAUAGUGUGGCUGUUGAGCAAAUUGAGGAGACUUAAUUAACUUCUUGCUAUCACCUUUUUAAACCAAGGCUCAUCAACUAGAUUCAACAGCGGGCCUGUCCCUAUCUGUUCAUGUAUUCAUGUAAGUCUGUCUAUGUUCAUGUGUUUACAGACUAAAACACUGUUUAAUGUUUAAUGUAUUUUUCGUUAUUUGUCGAACCCCAGGAAGAUGGGCUGUCGCUAUUAACGGGGAUCCCAAUAAAGUUAUAAAGUUGCAUCCUA